AUGAAUGCAAAACAACACCUUAUAAACUUGGUUGAAAUGGAUCCUGGAAACCAAGACGAAUUUCGGAAAGUUGAGCAAAACCCAUUUUGUACAGGUUCACAUACUUGUCUUCGAACUUGCACAUGCUCAUCACGUGAAUCCGCUGUAUCAUGUUUUGUAUCUUUGUAUAAUUAUCAACUUGAAAAAGAAGAUGAUGAGACUGAUAGCAAUAUUAUUGCAGCAUAUCUAGCUCGAUUGCCGGAUCGAUCGGUCAAUUCUCUUAUAAACCUUCUUCAACAGUUUGUUCAUUUUAAUGAAUUAGUUG